GAAUCGACAGACUCAACCAUCAGUCUACUACUACACAGUGUCAGUGCAGUUACCAAGAAUCUCUUCAACAUCGUCGGAAGGAAUCCCUCCAGCUCUACCGGAACCAUGAACAAGUUCAUCAUCUUGGCUCUCUUCGCCGUGGCCGCCGCCAGCGCCAUGCCAAACUACCCAGCCCCGAAGCCAGCUUACCACGCACCGGCCCCAGCUCACCACGCUCCCGCUCCAGCUCAUCAUGCUCCAGCACCAGCCUACGGACACCACGCUCAUCACGCCCCGGCUCCAGUGGUCCACACCUACCCAGUGCACGCCCCACACGCCAAGUGCGGAGCUAACCUGCUGGUCGGAUGCGCCCCCAGCGUUGCCCACGUGCCAUGCGUCCCAGUGCACGGACAUGGACACGGAUACGGACACGCUCCUGCUCCCCACUACCGGGCACCGGAAUCCGACUCGUUCGAUCAGUUCGAGGAAUAGAUGGAUGAUGGAGUGAUUAGUUCGGCUGUUGCAUUUGUAGUUGUUUA